AUGGUCGCCGACGAGCGAGAACGAGCGGACACCGCCUUCGAAGACCUGCUGGACGACAUCUUGACGAAGCUGUGCGACAGGAUACGAGAGAAGACGGACAACCUGGCCUUCCGGAAGUACGGGAUCCGCCCCGCCGCCGACUGGGAGCGCUGGCAUAACGCGCAUGAUCACUUCGAAAACGGUUCGGUGCCCGCGAUCCAGCAGGCUCCGGAGGUCGCGCAGGACGGGGCCGAUCUCGCGAAGAAGAACGCGGACCUGGCCGUCAAGGUCGCCAACAUCUCGCAGAAGCUCGCCAACGGGUCUGAGGGUGCCGAUCUCGCCGCAUCCCACGCUCGAGACGCAGUGCGAGAGAAGGAUGAGGCCGCGAAGGUCGCGAACUUCGCCAACGUGGCGGCGGCGCGAGGCGACCACAGAGGGGCAGCCAACGCCGCCCUCACCGCACUCGACCACGCUCAGAACGCCGGUCAGUACGCCCAGCUCGCCGCCAACGCCGCAGGCAAUGCAGGCACCCCGCAGCUCGUCGUCGAGACAACCAUGACCAAGGCGCAUGAUCUCCACGAGCACGCCGAGGGCCGCAAGUCCGGGGUCCUCGAGGCGCUGCGCCGGUACCUCGCCCGGAUCCGCAUCGCCUGUCUCGUCCUGUGGCUGACGGGCGUGAUACCGACGUCCCACAAGGCGGCUCCCGCGGUAGUCGUGCCCGUGCCGGUCGCGACUUCCGUCGACUGCUCCCUCGGGCCCUGGAGUGACUGGGGCGACUGCACUCCGGACGGCACUCGGAGCAGGACGCGCGUCGCCACCGUCCAGCCGGCGAACGGAGGUCAGGCUUGCGGGGCGCUCAUAGACACGCAGCCAUGCACCUACAUCGCUCCCUUCGACGACAUCCCAUUCGUGACCACCGCCGCAGGAAUGGUGGGCGGGAAGCUGGGGCCGGGCCUCACCUGGAAGCAGGCCGUCGGGGCACAGGGCGCCAACGGCUUCACGACGUCCCUGUGGUUCUCGGCUCCGGAUGUCGUCACCCAGCAGCAGCUCCUCAACGGCUGGCGCACCGCCGCGGGAGCCGACGUCGGCCCCUUCACCUGGCAGCUGGUGAUCCGGGACAAGAAGGUGCAAUUCGGCGGCAGCACCGUGAAUUACAAGGAGGCAGCCACAGCGGGAACGCUGUCCCCGGGCAGAUGGAAUCACGUCGCGAUGGUUUUCGACGGCGUCAACACCGUGACCCUGUACCUGAACGGAGUCAAGAGCGCCACUAGCUGGACCAACACCCUGUACAACGAUGCGCACAUCCUGCUCGGCGUCCUGGGGGGUGGCGGCCAGGUGUUCACCGGCCAGAUGAAGAACUUUGCGAUAUUCGCGGGAGCGCUCUCCGAUGCCGCAUGCAACUCUCUCUACAUCCACGCGACGGAGCUGACCUUCCUGUCCGACGCCAAGAAGGUGUUGCUCCGUUACGACACAGCGCAAGGAUUCGUCUACUCUUGA